CCAAGUGCUGUCUGCUCUCAAAACGAAUACAAACGAAUAACGAAUCCGUAAAUUUUAAUUUCUUUUUUGCCAUUAUUACAUUGCUGAAUAUUGCAUUAAAAGUAUGCACUUAUGAGAAUUUAAUCCCUGAGUGUUAUCAGCCAGUUUCUUCCUCAUAAUGUUGUCGGCAAGGUGUGUUUUGUUUGGAAUAUGCAGACAGCGACCUAAUUUUGUGAAACAUGCCGCUCUUAAAAUGAAAUAUCAGUGUGCUUUUCUUCAUAAUUCAAUUCUUCGGCUUGCUGAAAAUGCAAUAGAAAUUAAAAUGCCAUCACUCUCUCCUACUAUGACAAAGGGUACCAUAGUGAAAUGGUUAAAAAAGGAGGGAGAUAUUAUAACACCGGGUGAUGUUUUAUGUGAAAUUCAAACAGAUAAAGCUGUUGUUGGUCUUGAGAUUGAAGAAGAAGGGGUUCUGUCAAAAAUAUUAGUUCCUGAAAAUACUCAAAACGUCCAGCUUGGAGCAGUGAUUGCUGUUUUAAUUGGAGAAGGAGAUGCUAUUACUGAAGCGGAAAAACCUAUUCAGAUGGCAGUGGAGAGUUCGUCUAAUGUUAACUCAGUUGCAACCCCUUCAAAACCUGCAGAAAGAGGGUAUCAAGUAUGUGGGCCAUCUGUAAAGAAGUUGUUGACUGAGUAUGGAAUUAAAUAUUCCGAUGUUCCUAGCUCAGGACCAAAGGGUAAUUUAUUGAAAGGGGACGUACUAAAAUUUAUUCAAGACAAGAAGUUGAAGCAAAUACCUAUUAAAGUGGAGUCUAAAACGCCCAAGAUUUCAGAUAUUAAAUUUUCUGAGGAUUUAUCACAUGUAGAUAUUCCUGUUUCAUCAGAAAGGAGAACUGUUGCUGAGCAACUGAUUCAUUCAAAAAUUGGAAUGCCUCAUGCAUAUAUGCAUGUCGAUUGUAAAAUUAAUAAUGUAUUUAGUUUUAUCAAAAAGAUGAAACAGGAUGGCUUGGAAAUUUCUUUGAAUGACUUUCUUGUGAAAAGUGUUGCUACAGCUCUCCGUAAAGUACCUGAAAUAAAUGUUAUGAACUUAAAUGGUCAAAUUCAGCCUUUAAAUUCUAUUAAAAUAACAAUUAUGGUUGUUAAUGAUAAUGGUUAUUUAUCAGCUACAAUAAAUAAUGCUGAUGAAUUAACUGUUCAGCUUAUAUCUGAACAAAUGAAUUUGCUUGCAUCUCAAACUGAUGGAUGGAAAUUAGGAAAAGAACCUGUUGGUGGAUCAUUUCGAAUUCUUAAUCUUGGUCUGACUGGAAUUUCAAACUUCAGUGAAAUUAUUUAUCCUUCUGAAGUAGCAGUAUUGACUGUUGGAACUGUCCUCUAUGGUUUUGAAGAAGAAAUGCCUAUACCGAGAAUGAAAGCAACCCUUUCAUUUAACAAUCAACUAAUUAGUGAAAAUGAGGCUGGAUCAUUUUUAAAUAAUUUAAAACAAUUCUUAGAAAAUCCUUUAACUAUGUGUUUAAAUUAAAUAAAUACAAGGGAAAAUGUUAAAUUACUUGUUAUAUUUCGUAUUUAAUUUAAUAUAUGUCAUUUAUAUAUUGGUUAAAAGCAUAAUAUUUUGUAUGAUCUGUAAUACAGACAUCUUUUUCUUUACUUCCUUAAUAUUUGAUAUGUUUUUCAGGUUAUUUAAAAACUUAAAAAUUAGUAAAAAUUCAAAUGCGCUCAAACUGUUGAUAUUGACUUUGUUUCAAAAAGCUUUUCAGACCUAGUCAUCAUUUGGUAGAAUUUGUCUUUUUUAAAAAAAUGAAAUCAUCAUGUUUACUGUGAGAAUACCUUUCUUUAUGCAAUAUUUUGUAGGCAUUGGACUAAGCUCUGAAAAUUUUAAGGGUAUUGUUAGUAUUUUUGAGUGCUUUGUAAUUCAUAAGAAUAUUUUUGGAAUAAUCUAUUAUCUUCCUUGAUUUCAAAACCAACAAGUAUCAAUUUUGCAUAUUUAUAUAAUCAAUUAUUAAAUAAACAUGUUGAAGGUAAGAAAAAAGAUGUUAUAAAAUUAUUUUAGAUGAUUGAAGUUGCUUAUUUUCAUAUGAGAAGCAGAAAGAUGGUAUUUAUAUUUCUUUUAAUGAUAUAACUACCAUUACAUUCCAAAACAUUUUUGAAUAGAGUUAAUUAGUUAUUAUAAAUAUAUGAGAUCAUAUUAUAAGCAUUUCAAUGUGUUUAUCAAGUAUUUUUUAAUGACUUUGUUGAAAUUUUUUGAAUGCAUUUAAAUGCUUAAUGUUUUUGUUUUUUUUAAAUAACUUUGAAAAUUUAUAAGGUAAAUAGGAGAAUGAUACCAUGCUCUUGCACAAGCAGAAAAAGUUCUAGACAAACCUAUCAGAACUCGCCAAAUGAACUAAUAUAAAGAGGAAUAACAGUAAUAAUAAUAAUAAAUUAAUAAUAUAAAGAGAAAUAAAAUAAAGAUUAUCACUUUUGGCAGCUUAUUGUCUUAAGUUGGAUCCAUUUACCAUCAUGUACCCAAUUCACCUAUAUGGCCAGAUUCCUGAGAAAGACUACUCAAGGUAAACUUGUAUCAUAUAAAAUAUUUACUUGUAAUUGUUUUCUACUAAAUUUUAAUCAUAUGCUGAUACAUCUUAUUCUAAAAUGUAAGACAAGAAUAGAAAAUUUAUUGAAAAUAUGUAUGUUGUAUAUGUGUGUUUUAUAAGAAAUAAGUCUUAGCAGAUCACUUAGAUCCUCUUCCACCUUUUUUGCCUUUGUAAUUUUCAUGACAUAAGUUUAUGUUCGUAAGAUCUGAGAAGAUGGUUAAAAAUUGUCUUUUUUGCUAUAAUAUUCCAAUUCCUAAUAUUGAAGAAGAAUACUAAGAAUUUUUAUAAAUUUCUGUAUUUGUAAAAUAAUUAUACUAAGAGAUUUUAUGAAAAAUUUUAACUAAAUUUUUAUGAAAUUUUUUAAUAUGUGUAUAUUUAUUCCAAAAAUCAAAACCUUCAAAAGGUUUUAAUAGUUUUGUUGUGAAAGAAAUGACUAAAAAUUAUAGAGUAAUUUAGACCUUAUUGCAAAUGAUUAUAUGAAAGAACUAGUUCUACUUUUAGUUUGUUUUUUGAAAUUUCAUUUUGUUUCCAAACCUUUAGUUUCCUAGUCAUUUAAAAAAUAUAUUGUAGAUAGUUUGCUGUUUGUUGUUUAAAAAAAAUGAAUAAAAGUUUGUUGUGUUUGGGAGUGGAGAAGGUAAAGGAAAAUUUCAGGUUUGCCUGAAACUGCAAAUUAUAUUGUUGUAGAUUGAGAUUUAUCGUAUUAGACUUUAGCAUCAGAGGUAAUUUCUGUUAGCUUAAUAUGCUGUUUUUAAUUUUAAGCAUUUUAUAUUUAUAUUUUAGGCAAUGAAUAAAAAUAUAAAUUCAAAAUAAUCAAGAUAAUUUUAACAUUUUAUUUUUGUGUAAUUGCGAAAAAAAAAAAAAAAACUGUUUUGAUAAUUUGAAUGCAAGUGAAAAUUUCUUUUACAAAAAAAUGUUUUAUAUCUUAAGUGAUAUAAUUAUGAAAUAUGUAAUAAAUGUAUUUACAGCUAUUAAAAUAGUUUUUGUUCAGAAUCAAUUUUUCAAUAUGUUCAAUUCAAUAUAUUCAAUAAUAUAUGUUCAAUAUGUUCAAUAAUAUAUUCAAUUCUAUACAAUAUGGGUCUCCUGAAAAAUAUUAGGAGUGAGGAAUCCUUGGAAAAUUAAACUUACCAUUAUUGAUACAUUUAUUUUUCUGUCUUGUUUAUGAUUAGCAGUAGCAGUACCUAAAUUUACUAAUUGAAACACCUUGGAUCAAGGACCCUUAAGACUGUGAGCCUCUGACAUUUUGCAAACUGUAGAUUAAUCGGAUGAUUGUUUCAAAAUAUUUAGUUUAAAAGUAAACUAUUUCUAUUUGUUAAUGAUUGUAAGAUAAAUAUCUUAAUAUCAUUGUUUAUUCUUAAAAUUUUGCCAAUACUUUCAGAUUAAAAAGUAUUAACAGUUAAAGGAAAGAGAAAUUUAAUAUAUUUUUUAAAAAUAUUUUUCUACUUUUUCAUUUAAAAAUAUGACAGUUAAAAUAUAAAUAAAUUGCCAGUUGUCAUCAUUUAGAAUUUUUCAUGUCUGGUGAUUUAUCAAGUACUGUCUCCAGAAUUUCAAAUUUAAAAAAAUCAUCCAAUUUUAAUUUAAAUUUCUGUUAACAAGAUAUUCCCAUUUAUAGAUUGUGUGAAAUAGCAUUUUGUUUCACUGCAUUCUUUAUGAUAAAAGCAUUUCUAUUUUAGUUAUAUUUUAUAAUUUCAUAAAUGGAGAUAAUUAAAGUCUUAAUGGGAAAUUCUCAGUACAGUAAAUGUUCUGAUGAUUUUACUAAUGAGUUAAUAAUCAAAUAAUGUAAAAAUAAAUCUGUCUUAAACUGCAUGUUGAUAUUUUAUGAAUUUCCAUCAUUUGUAUAGAAAAGUAACUGAAAUUAUUUUAAAAAUGUCCAAGUAAAAUUCACCUUAAUUUGAUUAAUUAAAAUAUUUUAAAAAUUCAAUAGGUUUCAUUUAUGAAAGGUUUUUAUACUUGGAAUUUUGAGAAAGAUUUUUGUGAGAAAUAAAGCAUAACUGUAAACCAGAAUAGCUUUUUGAUGUAUUUUUAAUUCCUUAUCUGUAAGUUCUAGCUUUUUAAAACCCUCCAUUUGUUGCAUUCAUUUUCAUCCAUAAAUGGUUACAAUGUAUCUCAUGGAAAUAAAAUCGCUUUUGAAAUAUUCAUCUAAUUUUAAUAUAUUUUUUUUUCCUUUAGAGCUGUAACAAUUAGCUGUAAUGAGAAUGUGAAUGAAUUGUCCAUAAGAUGCAUUUACAUUAGAGUGGGUGAAAAAAUAAUGUAUGCAGAUUGGAUACAUGUCUAUUAGAUAUAGCAGCUAAUGGAGAGAAAGAUAUUUUCCCAAUUUGAAGGUUUAUAAAUUUCACUUUAUUAUAUCAGUGCUUGUGUAAGGAUAUCUAUUUAGAAUAAAUUAAAAAUUUAAGUAGAAACAAUAUAUAAUGUAUUAUAAACAUUUUAUAAAAGUAAUUUAUCUGCAUGUAACUUAACUCGUCUCCAGAUGAUUUUUCUGCUUUUUGAGAGAUAUAGAGAAAAAAAAAAAAAAAACCCAAAUUUUAAAUAAAUAAAAGGAAUACUUUUUAAUUAGAAACAUGAUAAGUAUUGUAUUGGAAAGUAUGAAAAAUACCUUUUGAUUUAUAUUUUACAAGUUGUAUAAUAAUUAUUUAAGUUACUAUUUUUGAAACUGUAAUUUUUUUUCUGCCGACAUUUAAUCAGAAAUGAGAAAGCCUAUCAUUUUUUUGUUGCUGUUGCUAGUUUCAAACAAUGACAUUUCUAGGAGCUCUAGUUUCAUAUGGUGUAAGGGCUAUCAAAAACUAAAUCAUUUAUUGAGAUAAAUGUUUUUUUAUUUUUUUUAUUUAUUUAUUUGCCUUCUUUAGUUGUAUGCCUUUGUUUAUUUGUGAUUAUUUUAAGUUGAACUGUGAAGAAAUA